AUGGAUCUUUUGUACACCCUCUUGAGUUUCAUUGCCUUUUCUCUUCUGGGUAUCUUCCUACUCUUUUGUUUCAUCACGUUGACCACUAUCCUGGGAAAAUCAAUUGGGGACCCUGAUUAUGCUCCUGUGAAAGGCACAGUGUUCAACCAGCUUUUCUACUUCAACACACUCUAUGACUAUCUAACUGAAAUGGUCAAGACUCAUCCAACUUUCCGGUUACUGGCUCCAGAUCAAAGCGAGGUGUACACUGCAGACCCAAGAAAUGUUGAAUACAUACUGAAAACCAACUUCAAUAAGUACUCCAGAGGCAAGUAUAACCAGGAAAUUUUGACUGAUCUUUUUGGUGAGGGAAUCUUCGCAGUUGAUGGUGACAAGUGGAGGCAGCAAAGGAAGCUCGCAAGCUAUGAAUUCUCCACAAGAGUUCUUAGAGAUUUCAGUUGUUCCGUUUUUAGAAGGAAUUCUGCUAAGUUGGUCAGGGUUAUCUCCGAAUUUUCCCAUCAGGGUCAGGUUUUUGAUAUGCAAGACAUGCUAAUGAGAUGCACUUUAGACUCCAUUUUCAAAGUUGGGUUUGGAACAGAAUUGAACUGCAUGGAGGGAUCAAGCAAAGAGGGAGGUGAAUUCAUGAAAGCCUUUGAUGAAUCAAAUGCUUUGAUUUAUUGGCGCUAUGUUGAUCCUUUCUGGAAGCUCAAGAGGUUUCUUAACAUUGGUUGUGAAGCUACCCUUAAGAGAAACGUGAAAAUAAUAGAUGAUUUUGUGCAUGGAGUAAUCAAUACCAGAAAAGCACAACUUAAGCUUCAGAAAGAAUCUAAUCUUAAAGAAGACAUACUAUCAAGGUUUUUGAUUGAAAGCGAGAAGGACCAAAAAACCAUGACUGAUCAAUAUUUGAGAGACAUAAUUCUGAACUUCAUGAUAGCUGGCAAGGACACAAGUGCAAACACUCUGUCAUGGUUCUUCUACAUGCUCUGCAAGAACCCUCUUGUAGAGGAAAAGAUUGUGCAAGAAGUGAGAGAUGUGACUUGUAGCCAUGAAAGUGAUCCAAGCAUAGAUGAAUUUGUGGCCAAAAUAACAGAUGAUACCCUUGAUAAAAUGCAUUAUCUCCAUGCAGCGUUGACAGAAACCUUGAGACUUUACCCUGCAGUCCCUUCGGAUGGGAGGGCUGCAGAGGAAGCAGAUAUUCUUCCUGAUGGGCACAAACUGAAAAGAGGGGAUGGAGUUUACUAUUUGGCCUAUGCUAUGGGUCGGAUGUGUUCCAUCUGGGGUGAAGAUGCUGAGGAAUUUCGUCCUGAAAGAUGGCUCAACAAUGGGAUUUUCCAACCUCAAUCUCCAUUCAAAUUCAUAGCUUUCCAUGCUGGACCCAGAAUCUGCUUAGGGAAGGAGUUUGCUUACAGACAGAUGAAAAUAGUAGCCAUGGCUCUUCUUCAUUUCUUCAAAUUCAAACUUGCAAAUGGAACACAAAAUGUGACUUAUAAGGUUAUGUUUACUCUUCACAUUGACAAGGGUCUCCCUCUUUCUGCAAUUCCAAGGUCAUGA